GAGGGCAUGGAGGAGAUGCAGGGUGCCGUGGGGCUACGGUGCACCUGGGGCACGCAGGCACCCGCUGGGACCCAGGCCAAGUGGGUGAGGCUCAAUGUGGGGGGUACCGUUUUCCUCACCACCAGGCAGACCCUGUGCCGGGAGCAGAAAUCUUUCCUGUGUCGCUUGUGCCAGGGCGAGGAGCUGCAGUCGGACCGGGAUGAGACUGGUGCCUACCUCAUAGACCGGGACCCCACUUACUUUGGACCCAUCCUGAACUUCCUCCGUCACGGGAAGCUGGUUCUGGAUAAAGAUAUGGCUGAAGAGGGGGUCCUGGAGGAAGCUGAGUUCUAUAACAUUGGUCCUUUAAUUCGAAUCAUCAAGGAUCGACUGGAGGAGAAAAACUUCACAGUAACUCAGGUGCCUCCUAAGCAUGUCUACCGUGUGCUACAGUGCCAGGAAGAGGAGCUCACUCAGAUGGUUUCCACUAUGUCAGAUGGAUGGCGCUUUGAGCAGCUUGUGAACAUUGGCUCAUCCUAUAACUACGGCAGUGAGGAUCAGACAGAGUUCCUGUGUGUGGUCUCCAAAGAGCUGUACAGCUCCUCCAAUGGCUUGAGCUCUGAGCCCAGUCACAAAGCCAAGAGCACAGAGGAGGACCCGGAGGAGGAAGAGCAGGAGGUGGAGCAGGAGGCAGAGGCAGAAGCAGAAGCAGAGGAGAAAGCUGUUACAAGCCAGAGCUGGUCUGUGCCUGUGACGAGAAGGCAAAUGCAGAGCCACUGCCCUUUUCUGGGCCACCUGGACUGCUCAUGGGGUGCCCCACUGCUGGGUAUCUCCCUUCUUGGUAUCUUGUCGUCAGAGUGA